CGCAGUUCCCUGGCUAGCACAUUUGCGCUCCGGGUCUCUCUCCCGCGCCCAGUCCAGGCUGUGCUUCCCUGGCUAGGCUCUGCAGGGCGGGAGGGCCGCCAGGAUGCAGGCCCCGCACAAGGAGCACCUGUACAAACUGCUGGUGAUCGGCGACCUCGGCGUGGGCAAGACCAGUAUCAUCAAGCGCUACGUGCACCAGAACUUUUCCUCGCAUUACCGAGCCACCAUAGGCGUGGACUUCGCGCUUAAAGUGCUUCACUGGGACCCGGAGACAGUGGUGCGCUUGCAGCUCUGGGACAUCGCAGGUCAAGAGAGAUUUGGAAACAUGACAAGGGUCUACUACCGAGAAGCUAUGGGUGCAUUUAUUGUCUUUGAUGUCACCAGACCAGCCACAUUUGAAGCAGUGGCAAAGUGGAAAAAUGAUUUGGACUCAAAGCUAACUCUCCCUAAUGGCAAACCGGUUUCUGUGGUUUUAUUGGCCAAUAAAUGUGACCAGGGGAAGGAUGUGCUCAUGAACAAUGGCCUCAAGAUGGACCAGUUCUGCAAGGAACAUGGUUUCGUAGGAUGGUUUGAAACAUCAGCAAAGGAAAACAUAAACAUCGACGAAGCCUCCAGGUGCCUGGUGAAGCACAUACUUGCCAAUGAGUGUGAUCUAAUGGAGUCCAUAGAGCCGGACCUGGUGAAGCCCCAUCUCACCUCACCCAAGGUUGCCAGCUGCUCCAGCUGUGCCAAGUCCUAGUAGGCUCCUCCACUGGCGUGUGAUGAAGAUAACCCCAUGAUCCCAUGAAUUGUGCCUCAAUUUUUACCAUUUUGGAUAAAUGUCAGGAUAGGGAAACAUACGUGGGAAGCCAAAGUGCUAUGCCUGUAUCUUUACUGUAAAAGAGAAAUAAGAAAUAUUUGUUUUAUGUUUGUUCACUACCAUCAGCACAGUGUUUACAAGCUUUUUAAAUAUUUAGUCUGUUACAAAAUUGUGUUGCAUAGCUGAGCAAAAUGUUGCAGGGUCAGAAUUAGCCCUGGUGUGUGCUCCUUUAAGUCAGCAAAGGACUCAGGACUUAAAGAGAAGGGGGAUAAGAGCAAACUAGCUGUCAAGUUAAGCAUUGGUGUUUGCCUUGCCCUGGUGUGUCUUUGUUCAGACUUCAAUACAUUCUGUGAUGGUCUGACAGGCCUAUUAAAUAGAAAUGGUAUUUUCUCCAGAGAUGACCUCCAUUCUUGGCAGACCUGAGAGUUGUCUAUGAUUUAGCUCUUCAGAGUCAUGUACACAGGCUUCCUGUGCUUUUGUUGUCUGCAUUGUCAUUUACCAUGCCCUGGAUAUUGGUUUAACUGAAAACUGUAUGAAAAGACCUGCACCCUCUGUGUGCCUUUCUGUUAGCUUUCUCUGAAUCUGUGGGACUCUUCUGUACAUGUAAUAUAUAUAUAUAUAUAAUAUAUAUAUAUUAUAUAUAUUCACAAGCAAAAAAUAAAACAUAAAAGAUGCUGUUUCCCUCUUUUCUGAAAGUGCUUUAAGUUUCUUAGUAUUGUGAACUUGUUUUUGGCAAUGUAACCAUGCUUCUCAAGAUUCAUUUCUAAAUAUUAUUUUAUAAAGGACAUGAGAAAUUGGGAUGAGUCUAUUCUAUCUACAUCUACUAUUUAUAUCAAUAUUUAGGCCAAAAAAACAAGCAGUAUAUAUACAUUUUUGAUUAAUCACAGAAAUAAAUCCUCUUUUUUUUUUUUUUUUUGCAGUGCUGAGGAUUGAACCCAGGGCUUUGUGCUUGUGAGGCAAACACUCUACCAACUGAGCUAUAUCUCCAGCCUUAAAUCCUCAUUUAUCAAGAAGGCAUCAGACCAAUCAACAUAAAAAGAAAUGACUAAAAUAAUUAUGGUGCUGCCUUGCUUAUCAUAAGGUUGUGGUGCUAAUAUUCCACAAGGAGCUAGUAUUGAUAUCCUCAGGUACUCAUACCAGUGGAGUACACUCACAGCAGCCUUGUCUUUGGUAACAGAUAUUUUUCCUUACAUAUUCUUGACAUUCACUGUUUUCAUAAGUACCAGCAACAUGGCUUCCUAUGUAAGUCUUUUUAAGCCCUACUCUUUGGACAUUCUCUGACUCCUGGAGCAGCUAGUUCACAAGUUAGACAGGUCAGAAGUGUCAGGGAGUCAGUGUCUCCAGGAAUAGCUCUUAGCCAAUGAUAGUAGAGGCUGGAGGACGAAUACUCUGGGUCCCGCAUCACUCAGGUUGGGCAAUUCUGAGGCAUGCUCUGUGAACUCUCAGAGGUCCUCAGUGGAAUUAAGUCCCUGUUUCCCUCAAGGGUUAUCUUCCCAUAUGAUUCACCCUUAAAUUGGCCUUGUAUCCUUUCAUCCCUUAUCUCCUUACUCUUUUACAGGUGCUUCUUUGAUUCAUUUUCCAAAUAAAUGGCAUUAA